AUGGCGUCGACGGGACGUGGAAAGAGCUCACAGAUAACGGUACAAACCGUUCUUGGUCCUUUCACCGUCGUUCGGGAGAUCGCCUCCGUUACAACUGCAGUAGCCCAUGGCGAUCUCACUGAGAAGAUUGAACGGCCAGCAAAGGGUGAGAUCUUCGAACUACAGCAAACGAUCAACAAGAUGGUCGGCCAACUACAAACAUUUGCUUCAGAGGUCACUCGUGUGGCCAGAGAUGUUGGCACUGAAGGUAUCCUUGGCGGGCAGGCCGACGUGGCUGGAGUGCAGGGCAUGUGGAACGAUCUGACCGUCAACGUCAACGCCAUGGCCGACAACUUAACCACCCAGGUCCGCGACAUCAUAAAAAGUAACCACUGCCGUGGAGAAAUAUUCGAUCUCAAAUCUACCAUCAACUCCAUGGUCGAUCUGCUCCAGCAGUUUGCUCGAGAAGUAACAAAGAUUAGUAGGGAACGUGGAGAAAUCCUCACGGAGAACGUCAACUACAUGGCCAUGAACCUGACCACACAAGUACGCGAAAUCGCCAAAGUAACUACUGCUGUAGCCAACGGAGAUCUCACCAAGAAGAUCAGUGUGGAAGCUAAGGGAGAGAUCCUCGAGCUGAAGAACACGAUCAACCAGAUGGUGGAUCGCUUGGGCGCGUUCGCAUCCGAAGUAAGCAAAGUUGCUCGCGAGGUUGGAAUCGAAGUUACCCUCGGCGGGCAGGCGCAAGUCUUGAACCUGGAGGGAAAGUGGAAAGCCUUGACCGAGAACGUCAAUACUAUGGCUUCGAACCUCACCCUGCAGGUGAGAAGUAUUUCUACGGUCACACAGGCCAUCGCCAACGGAGACAUGAGCCAAACGAUAGAGGUCGAAGCCAACGGAGAGAUUCAAGUGUUGAAGGAGACAAUUAACAAUAUGGUUGGACGCCUAUCAAGCUUCUGCUAUGAGGUGCAGCGAGUUGCUAAAGAUGUUGGACUCGGCGGGAAAAUGGGAGCACAGGCGGAUGUUGUCGGCCUCGACGGACGCUGGAAAGAGAUCACCACCGAUGUCAACACAAUGGCUAGCAAUCUAGUAGGUUACCUGGAUGCGCCGACAACCCAAGUGCGAGCAUUUUCCGACAUCACAAAUUUGGCAACCGACGGCGACUUCAGCAAGCUUGUGGAUGUGGAAGCGUCUGGCGAGAUGGAUGAGCUGAAACGCAAGAUCAAUCAGAUGAUUUCUAAUCUCAGAGACAGCAUUCAGAGGAACACUCAAGCUCGCGCAGCAGCGGAAUUGGCGAGUAAAACCAAGUCAGAGUUCUUGGCUAAUAUGUCACACGAGAUUCGGACCCCCAUGAACGGCAUCAUCGGCAUGACUCAGUUAGCGCUUGACACCGACUUGACGCAGUACCAGCGGGAGAUGCUCAACAUCGUGAAAAGUCUAGCAAAUAGUCUCUUGACGAUAAAUGACGAUAUCCUGGACCUGUCCAAAAUCGAAGCUAGGAGGAUGGUGCUGGAGGAGAUACCAUACACACUGCGGGGGACUGUUUUCAACGCCCUGAAAACGUUAGCUGUCAAAGCCAACGAGAAAUACCUGGACCUUACCUUCAAGGUGGACAGCUCAAUUCCCGAUUACGUCGUUGGCGACUCGUUCCGCCUUAGGCAAAUCAUCAUGAACCUGGUAGGCAAUGCCAUCAAGUUUACUGAGCAUGGACAGGUCAGCCUUACCACCAGAGAAGACGCGGGAUUGUCUCGAAUUGAGUCCGACAAAUUGGACCACAUUUUUGGCACAUUUCAGCAGGCCGAUGGCUCCAUGACACGCAAAUUCGGUGGUACAGGUCUCGGCCUCUCGAUCUCCAAAAGGCUCGUUAAUCUUAUGGGAGGGGAUAUUUCUGUUAGCAGCGAAGCUGGAAAGCGAAGCCGGUUCUGCUUCAACUGCAAAGUGAGGCGCGCCUCUGGUGCUACGGAGUUCAUCCAGAAACAGUUGCAGCCCUAUCACGGUCAUCGGGUCCUUCUGAUCGACAGGGCGCUCCCUCAUCCGGCCACCGAAACUGAGGGAAUGCUCAAGGAGCUCGGCUUGCGGCCAGUCACUUUGAGCCUGAGGAAUUCGUCUGUCGUUUCUCCCGUGAAGGCGUGCAAUGCAGUGCCUGACGACUGCGACGCCAUUCUUGAGGACUCGAUUGAUACAGCGCGGAGUUUCAGGGCCCUGGACGAGUUUAAAGACUUGCCCGUUGUUUUAUUGGCACCAGUGGUUCACGUCAACCUUAAAACUUGCCUGGAACUGGGGAUCACCUCAUACAUUACAACGCCAUGUCAGCUGGUCGACUUGGGUACCAGUAUGAUCCCUGCACUUGAGAAUAGGGUCACACCAAUUAUUGCUGAGAAUACAAGGAGACUGGAGAUCCUUCUGGCCGAGGAUGACACGAUCAAUCAGAGGCUUGCUGUGAAAAUACUGCAGAAAUAUCGCCACACCGUCACAGUGACGGAUUGGAGGCAGUGGAACCGUUCCCAACCCAAAUUGCUCUUACGGUGUCUGACGGCGCCAAAGGGCGGAUUUGAAGCCACCACAGUGAUUCGCGACUAUGAAAAGAGCAGAGGAGCGCGGAAGACGCCUAUAAUCGCAUUGACGGCGCAUGCAAUGAUUGGCGACAGGGAGAAGUGCAUGCAAGGGCAGAUGGAUGAGUUUUUGUCCAAGCCGUUACAACAAAAGCAGCUUUUAGAGACGAUUUUGGCGUGCGUAAACGUGUCAGAAUAG